AUGAAUUACUUGCUACGUUGUACUUUUACAAUUGGGUUAUUGGCAUAUACUGCUUUAGCUUCGCCAGGGGAUGACUUGUAUGCUUUCCAGGAUUGUCUAUAUCAAUGUGAACAAAUAACCUGUAACAAUAACCCUUACCAUAUCAUUCAACAGGAAUUUUAUACUGAAUUGAGCAAUAACCCCGAUUAUGAGUUCAGAUACUAUAAUCCACAUUGGCAAUUUGACCCAAUGCCAUUACCACUACACCUCAGAUUACUUGGGUGGAACUGUGAACUGAAUUGUGAUUAUCAAUGUCAAAGAAUUAUUACUGGUGAAAGAAUUAAAAAUCAUGAAGAAAUUUAUCAAUUCCAUGGUAAGUGGCCAUUCUUAAGAGUUUUGGGAAUUCAGGAACUCACCAGUGUUGUUAUGUCUUUGGGAAAUCUAUAUGUCAAUUACCAGAGUUUUAAAAAAAUAUGGCUGUCAGUAAUAACCAAUGAUUCGGUGCCAUCAAAUUUAAAAUAUCAAUUUACAAAUAUCUUUGUGGUGCAGAUAGUGACAAUGUGUGCAUGGUUAUUUUCAACAAUCUUCCAUGUCAGAGAUUACAUUUUAACCGAAAGAUUGGAUUACUAUUUUGCUGGAUUAACCGUGUUAACCCAAUUCCAUGCCUUGGGUGCUCGUUAUUUCAACUUGUAUAAACAUAGUCGAGUCGUAUAUCGAUGGUUGUUUUCUUUGGCCUGUAUUUUGGCAUACGUAUAUCACGUGCACCGGUUAUACACUGAUUGGUCAUACACCUACAACAUGCAAGCUAAUAUUUGUGUUGGACUUCUGCAAAACGUGUUUUAUUGUUUGGUGUGUUUUGGGUUAUAUGUCAAAUAUUAUAAUUUGGAACAGACUGAAAAUAAAGUGAUCUUGAAUCAUUUGAAUUAUGUCGACAGUCAACGAAUCAUCUUAUCUUCAUUUUUCACCAGAAGCUCUAAAUUAUUCUCAUUAUAUCCACUACUUUUGUGCUUUAUUGUUGUUUGUGGCAUGGCGUUGGAGGUGUUUGAUUUCCCACCAGUGUUUUUCGAUUUAGUCGAUGCUCAUAGUUUGUGGCAUUUGGUGACAAUAGUUCCCGUAUAUAUGGGCUGGUACGAUUGGCUAGUGUGGGAUGUGUAUGAGAACGUGUGGUCAAACAUACAAGAGGAGGACAAGAAAAAGAAGGAGUAG